CCCCGCUAAAUCAAAUCAUCGCUUUAAUUCCCCGGCACAAAGAGGCAUACGCUGAGUUCGGGGGGCGAGGCUCGUAUUCCGAGCGCCAAUCGCGUACGUCAACGGUCACGUGAUUUACAUAUCCGGAAGUUAGCCGUAAGUGAAGAAACGGCUCCUCGGCGAAAUUGCCAUGAUCCACGGAGGAAGGGGCAUAGAUCUGUUACCUGCUAAAUCCUACCCACGGAGCGAAGGUGAUAGACUGCCGUAAACAUGCUUUCAGAGGGUAGCUCCUUCAUUAAGGGCUUGUUCCUUGGGAGCCUCUUCUGCCUGGUGAUGUCCACCCUGGUCAGCUAUGGACCCAGCUGGCACCCCGGCCAGGACUCCCACCUCCACCACCACAUCAAGGCGCCCAGCAAAGAGGAGCUGCAGCGGCUCCCCGAAGCCCAGAGGCUGGAGCUCAGCCAGAGAGUGCGGGUGUACUGCGCCAUCAUGGUCCAGCCCAAGAACUUGGAGCACUGGACCACAGCCAAGGACACCUGGAGCAAGCACUGUGACCGGGCUGUGUUCUACAGCCCCGAGGGCUCUGCAACAUUGGAGGUGGUGGAGCUGCAGGAGCAGGACGAGUGGGCGAGGAUGCGGAAGGCCCUGAGGCACGCCUACGACCACGCGGACGACCUCCACUGGUUCUUCUUGGCUCGGCCCACUACCUUCGCCAUCAUUGAGAACCUCAAGUACCUGGUGCUGGACAAGGAGCCGGGGCAGCCCUUCUAUAUAGGCCGAGUGGCCAAGUCUGGCGAGCUGGAGUAUGUGGAGUACGAGAGCGGCGUGGUGCUUAGCCGCGAGGCCCUGCGGCGGCUCACCGAAGCCCUCGAGGACACGGAGCGCUGCCCAGAGCGUGGACGCGCCCUCUGGAGGCUGAACGAGGAGAAGCAGCUCGCCGAGUGCCUCAAGUACCGUGGCGUGUUCGCUGAGAACGGGGAGGACACCCAGGGCAGGGGCCUGUUCAACAGCUGCAGCGUGGGCUCCCUCAUCUCCGAGAGCCUGGCCCGGCGGCCGCCGAAUGUGCUGGAGAGCUGCUGCUCUGACAUGGCCGUCACCUUCUCUGGCAUGACGCCCAACCAGAUGCAGGUCAUGAUGUUUGGCGUGUACAGGCUCCGCCCCUACGGACACGCAUUCCACGACUCCUUAAUGUUCCUACCGCCUGUGGGCUCAGAAAAUGACUGACCUUUGGGGCCUUGAAUGUAGAUGCUGCCUAAGUUCUGAGGACACUGACCAGUUCAGCGACAUGUCUGAUCAGUUAUAAGGAGUCUUAUCCCACAUCCUAGGCAAUAUUUCCCACUCAUUUAAAACAAAAGGCACUGACAUAUUCUAAAUGAUUCUUGUGAAAGGAACACACACUUUAUCACUUAAAGUGUUUCAAUUCCCCUUGGAAACGUGGUGCUCCUAAGGUCCUAAGUGAUACGUGGCAUCAUGCCAGUCCUGUGAAUUAGCAAAUGUUCAAAUUAUUCAUUGCAUUCAACUUAUUUUGUGCUGCUCCUUAUGUUGGGUUGUGAUUCAGCUUUUCCUCCACUAAGGUACCAGAAAACCAUGAAAAAGGCACUUAAGUAAAUGACUUUCACUUUAUAGACCUGUAGCUGCUAGACUCCUUCCCAUCUUAUAUUGCGAAAGUCACAUUGACAUUUAGUUUGACUUCAAGCUGGUUUCUGGGUUGAAACAAUUAAGGAGGCUUAUUGAAAAUGGUGAUUGAAAUAUUUACACUUAUUACUAUUAUUUUCCAUUUACGUAUGUGUGGUGGAGGUUGCCUAAUUCUCAUAAAUUUUUACAUAAUGUGAAAGUACGAAGGUGUUAGAUUUUUGGAAAUUUGAACAAGAUAGGUGACGUGUGGGUUGCCUGCGGAGAUGGCACUCUGGGAUCUGCUGGUCCCUGCCGUUUCCACUGGAUGCCAGUAUUCCAGUGACAGGAGGCCUGGGCAUAUUGCUGUGGCUCUGUAAAGGCUGAGACUGCUUCCCCAUCUCCAUACUGCAUACAGGAAACGCAUUCAGCCGCUCGGCCAUGUUGUGGCCGGAGUCGGGGUCACGCCUUUGCACUUCAGGUGCAUGUUUAUCCUGAGUGACUGAGGUGAGAUGCAGGGCUGUUAAAGAUACUUAGGGGUUAAAUGUGCAUUUAGGAUGCUGGUAAAGGAUGAGCCCUUUAUUGCGGGUGGGUGAGCGUUUAGAAGACAGCACCUGGGAAGCUGUAACAUGGUUGGUUUAGAUUGAAUUUAAACUGAGCUCAUUUUAACUGCAGUAGUCAUAGAGAAGUAACCCUUGAAACAAUUGACAUCUUAGCCUCUGUCUUAUCAAAUGUAUUCUGUUAAGUGUUUUGGUAUUUAGUGAAAAUCAUUUUGAAGAUGGAUCACCCGAUCCAGUGUUAUAGAAACAUUAUGAAAACAAUAUUCCAAGUCAUAGAGCUUAUAAUCGUGCAAAGUUUUAAGUGACUGCAUCCUGUCAUCCAUUUCUCAAGUUUAAAUAAGCUUGUUUUGAAAAGAGACUUAGGUCUGUUCAUAAAACUUUACUAUUGGUGUUUUCUAACCAAUCUGCACUGUGUGCAACUUCAAGUAUUCACUGUCCAAUAGCAAUUUUUCUACUGUGUGUAAAACUAAAGAGAAUGAAGAAAGUCUGAAAAAGUGUUGAAGAACAUUUCAUGUUAUCCUAAUUCAGUUUUGAUAUUAAAGCAUAUUUUUUAAAAAGU